AAAGAAAAAACAAUAUAUAGGGAAUAGUGAAUGGGUGAACGAGUGAGCCAUUUCGGACACAACUAAUAUAUUCAACUACUUGUUUCCAUGGCAAUGUGUGUUUAUGGUGAGAGCGGGCUAAAGUCCCGGAUGUUGUUAAUGCCUAGCGACGCCCCUGGUAACAUCAACCAAAAACCGCAUGUUAAUGUUUCUGUACGGACUUUUCCAACAUAUCUGAGGAUCCUUUCAAAUGAAUGUCGUAGCACAAUGGAUACUACACUAGGAGAUGAUCUGCUGGAUCUCAGAGCCUCUGAGCUGGUUAGGAGUGUGUUAGACCCUCAGUGCUCGGUGACUCGCGCGCCAGAACCGGACAGCAAACAGCUCGGGUUUGAGAUCAGGAACAUCGACUGGGUCGCUUGCAAAGACUUUACAGUCAGUGGAGGAAAAACCCAGAUCGAGGAGUACAUGAGCACCUGGGAGGUGGAGCCGAGGUGGCUGUUCAGCGUGGAGUUCGUGCAGGAAAGUGAGCUGGAGUUUGAGAAGCAGUUCCACUACAGGGCGCUGUGGAGCAUGCCGACCCGCCGGCGCCCUGUAGCUCACAGCACAGCGUGUGUUUCCUUCACCAUCAGCCUCUCCAAAAGCAAACCGCCCACGACUCCUGUGCUCGUCACAUUUCAGCUAGAAUCCAGCCAGACGGUGCAUACUCCGGGAAAAACCCGAUUCCGCGAGAAAUGGCUGAAGGACGUGAUAGAGAGCAAGGCACUGCUUAUGGAUACCAUCACUUUUUAAACUAAUAUAAACACUUCAUCAUUUGCAUUUAAUUCGAUUGCAUUGUGCUUCAAACUCUGCAUUGUGCAUGUUAUAAAAUCUAUUUAUAUAAAUACAAAUACAAAGCUCUUUGCUUUCUCAAAUGUAGAAAGCUUUCCUGCAUUAAUAUUACUGUGCUACUGUGUCUGCACUUAACUUUCAGUAACAAAGUAGAAUUCAGUGAUUGCUGUCUGUAUCCA